AUGCCCGUUCAAGUGCCGUGGCUCACUGCAACGGCCGAACUGGGGGAAAGCUUUCCCCGCAACACCGAUGGCGCACAGAGCCGGGAUGACGACAGAACCUGGGCGGACGUGCCUUACGAUAAGACCCCGAGCUCUUCGCCAGCGUUUGCCGACAAACGCGUAACUCCCCCUCCUCCGCAUACACACACGCCCACGACCGGCCAGACGCCUCCGAGGUCAAUGGCUCCCAAUUCAUCGCCAGCCAUGACGAACCACGCAGCGGCAGCGACGCUCCAGACGAGGGCCCCGCAACUCCAGGCGACCUGGGAGAGGUACGCCGAGACGGUGCAGCACAACGUCUCCACCCGGCACCCCGUCUUCUUCACGGGAAAGCUGCGGCGGCCGCCGUCGUCUCUGGGGCAUGGGACGGGGAUGAGUCCCGUGGCGCACGGCUACGUCUAUCAGGACGGACGGAGGGCCGACGGGAACUCGGCGCCGAAGCUCUGA